UCGGAUGUUUAUGAGUAAUUGCGGACUUUUCAGCAUGAUCAAGCACCGACUGCUUAAGCAGUGCAGCUUCGUCCAACAGCAACCAGGUUCCACACCAGUUGUUCCAGUAGUCCCGCCUGCUUACGUACCACAGUCUCGUCCCCAGCACGUAGAGCUGCCUCGAACCGAGCCUUCAGCGCAGUGCACCCUCGUCCCCAGUCUGUUUCUGUAGCGCAGCCUCUUCCCCAACAGCAACCAGGUUCCUCAAAUCCUUACUCAAUGCAGCCUCGUCGACAAUAGCAACAACCGUUAAUCUCUGGCCAGGGAUUCAUAACUUGCUGAGAAACCAGACGUCAUGGGUUUCUUUCAGAAGUACUUCAGCCAUCACAUUCAACAAAGAAUCAGUCUCAAAUCAAAGUUGGCAGCUCUUCGGAUUUCUUAUAGUAAGAAAUCAAGAAACAUGGGCAACAAAAUGGGCAAGUUUCUGAACAAUGUUAAAUGCAAAAAAUCGGUUGAAACCCCAUCCAGUAAUGUGGAGGAAGAAGUGAAUUACUACUUCACUCCCUCAGAAGAUCUUGAGAUGGAACACAACUUCUCCUCCUUGAGUUCUGAAACUCACGAUGACACUAGCCCAACUUAUGUCUGCGAAAUCUGUGUUGAGCCAAGGCCCCUAGAUAUCUCUUUCAACGUCAAAGGUUGUGCCCAUUUUUACUGUAUUGGAUGCACUGUCAAGUACAUCGAGUCGAAGCUUGAUGAUAACGUAACCCGGAUUCCAUGUCCUGUAACAAAUUGUCAAGGGCUUUUGGAGCCUGACUUUUGCCGUGAUAUCCUCCCAAGGGAUUUGUUUAACAGGUGGGGAAAAGCCCUUUGUGAAUCUGCUUUUCUUGGCUCUGAAAAAAUCUACUGUCCCUAUAAAGAUUGCUCAGCUUUGUUGAUUAAUGAUGGGAAAAAUGCUACUAAGAAUUUCCGAUGUCCCUUUUGCAAGAGAGUGUUUUGCGUGCAGUGCAAGGUUGCUUGGCAUUCAGGUGUGGAUUGCGCAAAGUUUCAGAAACUGAAAAAGCUUGGCUCAGAUGCUAUGUUGGUUGAUCUGGCUAAGAGGAAGAAGUGGAGGCAGUGCCCUAAAUGCAAUUAUUAUGUGGAAAAAUCAGCUGGUUGCUAUUAUGUCAAAUGCAGGUGUGGAAAUGCCUUCUGUUACAAUUGUGGAGCAAAAUCAAACCGUGUUACCCAUUUUUGCUCCGAAUGCUAUCAUUAGUUCUUGACCAACAACUACAGUGCUUCACUUCAGAAGUUUUUCUAAUUUUCUUGUUGGUUUUAUUUUAUGUGAAGAGUUGUAAUAAUUGUAGGCGAUGUUGAGAAAGUAGCAUCACAGGACAUUUGCUGCUGCUACUGCCCAUUUCAAUGGAGAGAACAAUAGUCGAAUUUCUCUCUACUUUCUGUGAUCUAAAAUUCUGAAUUUCAUUGAU